CCUUGUAAUUCAUCUUUUCUUCCAUCAUACACUAGUGAUCAUAGUAAUCAAUGGAUCUCAAGUGAGUGGUGACUUGACUGUCAGCAAUAUUCGACAAAUACCAGAAAUAUUGUUAUCUCCUCCAUCGAUCUCUUCGGAGAAGAAGAAGAGUUCCUUGGCCUCGACAUUCAAGAUGGCUUUGUUUUCCGAUCUUCAUUACGGGGAGAACGCAUGGACGGAUUGGGGUCCUCAACAAGAUGUGAACUCAGAUAAGGUCAUGUCAACUAUUCUGGAUCACGAAGUACCAGAUUUUGUAAUUUAUCUUGGAGAUGUGAUUACGGGGAACAAUAUACCUGUUGCCAAUGCGAGUUUAUACUGGGAUCAAGCAAUCUCUCCAACUCGAUCGAGAGGAAUACCAUGGGCUACUAUAUUCGGUAACCACGAUGACGCUCAUUUUGAGUGGCCAAUGGAGUGGUUUUCUUCAACCGGCAUUCCUCAAGUUCAAUGCCUUGAGCACUGUUCAGCGGUUUCAGAAAAAGCAUGCAGCUUCAAAGGUACAACUCGUUUGGAGCUGAUUAAAAAUGAAAUGCAUAAAAACAAGCAGUAUUCAUUAACAAAAAACGGACCUACAAAUCUCUGGCCAAGUGUUUCCAACUAUGUUUUACAAAUAUCGUCGUUCGAUGGUCGGAAUCAUCAUCCGAUCAGCUAUCUAUACUUUCUUGAUUCUGGUGGUGGGAGCUAUCCAGAAGUCAUAUCGAGUGCUCAAGCAACAUGGUUUGAGAAUCAAUCAUAUGCUAUCAAUAGUGAUUCAAGGGUUCCUGAGUUAAUCUUUUGGCACAUACCAAGCAAAGCUUAUAAAAAUGUUGCACCAAGAUUCGGCAUUCACAGGCCUUGUGUUGGUUCAAUAAACAAGGAGAGUGUUGCCACUCAAGAAGCCGAGAUGGGUAUCAUGGAUAUUCUUGUAAAUAAACCAUCUGUGAAGGCAGUGUUCGUUGGACACAACCAUGGAUAUAUAUGUGUACACAAUGGACUUGAUUGGUGUUGUCCACAUGAAAAGUUAUGGUUGUGUUUUGCUAGGCACACUGGUUACGGAGGUUAUGGAAAUUGGCCAAGGGGAGCAAGAAUGAUUGAGAUCACUGAAAAACCUUUCUCCAUCAAGUCGUGGAUAAAAAUGGAAGAUGGAAAGAAACAUAGUGAGAUUAUUUUGUCUUGAGUUCAUCUUCCA